AUGUUUGCCAAGGUCAUCAUCACCACUGUCAUUGCUGGCCUCGCCACUCUGAGCACUAACGCGGCUCCCCUCACCAAUGACGUGGCUCAGGCCCUUGAGACCAUCAACAACGUCCGCGGCGUUGCUGGCAACCCUUCCCUUGUCCAGAACAAAGACAUCUAUGAGCCCACCAAGCUUUCUGCCCGCCAGGACCUCAACCCGGGCCCCUUUAUUGGCGACAUCACAUUCUUCAACCCUGCCCUUGGUGCCUGUGGCUGGACCGACAACGAUGGUUCUAUGAUUGUCGCCCUUUCCCACGUCAAGAUGGGCUCCCAGUCCAACGGCAACCCCCUCUGUGGCCGCACUGUCCGCAUCAAGGGUCCGAAUGGCCAGACCGAUGUCAAGGUCACUGACAAAUGCAUGGGAUGUGGUGACACUGACAUUGAUGUCAGCCCGGCGGUUUUUGAGAAGGUGGUUGGAGACAAGGGUCUUGGUCGCGUCGGAAACAUUGAGUGGUCCCUUAUCUGA